GAUCACAGCUAGUCGUGUUCGUCUAGGUGUUCUACUGAAAAUGGAUGAUUUACUCCCCGUUGUUGCUAAAGGUGGGUAUAGAUAUGAAAAUGGUUCAGUUUAUGUUGGGACGUGGAACACUGAAGGCAAAAGACAUGGAGAAGGACAUUUAUUAUUCAGCGAUGGUGUGAGAUAUGACGGAUUGUUUGAAAAUGGUUUAUUCCAUGGUCGUGGUAUUUUAACCUUUCCUGAUGGAGCCAAAUACGAAGGAGAGUUUUUUCGAGGAUGGUUUCAUGGGUAUGGCGUAUUCUGGAGAGCAGACGGUACUAGACAUGAAGGAGAAUUUAGAGGAGGCAAAAUAUGGGGUUUGGGUAUGUUGUGA